CUCCAUCUCCCUUCUCUUCAAUUUUCUUUCUGUUCCUCUUAUUCCCAUCCCAUCUACUUCUCUGUCUUAGCCUCUAAUCAUUAAUCACCCUGCCGCCCCUGCAUGGCAACUCUUCAGGUAGAUCAGCUCAGUCAGUUACGUGACAUUUUUAGCCGCUUCGACAUGGAUUCCGACGGCAGCCUCACCGUCCUCGAGCUCGCUGCCCUUCUCCGCUCCCUUGGCCUCAAGCCCUCCGGCGACCAAAUCCACGUUUUACUCACCACCAUGGACUCCAACGGCAACGGCUCUGUUGAGUUCGACGAGUUGCUUUCUGCAAUUCUACCCGACAUGAACGAGCAGGUCUUGUUGAAUCAGGGCCAGCUUUUGGAGGUUUUCAAAAGCUUCGACCGCGAUGGCAACGGCUACAUAUCAGCCGUCGAGUUAGUCGGAGCGAUGGCUAAAAUGGGUCAGCCAUUGACCUAUCGAGAGCUCACGGAGAUGAUCCAGGAGGCCGACACGGACGGCGACGGCGUAAUUAGCUUCAACGAGUUCGCCACCGUGAUGGCCAGGUCGGCCUCCGAAUCAUUGGGCCUUGCAUGGUUAUCAAGAGGGUGGUGAUUCUGGCCAUAAUGUUAUUAGUUGAAAAAAACAUAUUAAAUGGAGAAUGUGCCUUUGUUGUGGAGAGAUUUUGUACAGAGGGCUGCUGGAAAUUUAUGUA